GGCUCUGUGUAUGGGUCAAGAGCACCAGUGGGAUGUUCCUCACACUCUAUUUUUCUUUCUGGUGUCACAGUCUGUAAACUGUAUGGUCAGCUCAAGGAGUGCUGGAUUGUUCUACCCUGCAGUGUGACACUGACCCCGAAACAGUCAUGAGAUGAGAGAUCCAAUCAAGAUUGCGGUCAGGCAAAGCGGAAGAGCGUCACCGCCAUCUUUCUUUCUGGUGCCGCCAUAGUUGCGAUUCUGCUCCGUCAGUUAAUGGAGUCCCAAAACUGUUCCGCUUCGGGUUUUCUCACGACCGUCAAACCCAGAGUCAGGUCGCUGGAGGCCAGGAGAGCAGAGGGGAAGUUCUUCGCCCACCAUCUUUCUUCCUGGCAACGCCAUCGUCACUGCUCUCUCUCUCUCUCUCUCUCUCUGUUCAGCGCGCUGAACCCCAGGCGGCUGGAGCCUCGUGAGGCCGCUGGAGGUCCGGAGCUCCGCUAUGGAGUCAGUAUCUUUUGAGGAUGUGGCUGUGAACUUCACUGCAGAGGAGUGGGCUUUGCUGAGUUCUUCCCAGAAGAGGCUGCACAGAGAUGUGAUGCAGGAAACCUGCAGGAACUUGGCUGCCAUAGGUAAUGCAAAAAAGCAAGAAGACUGGAUCCUUGAAGAUGGCUCCGAAAAUUUAAGGAAAACUCUUCCUAUUUCAGUUCAGACUGAAUAUAAACUAUGUGAGAGUCAAGAAUACACAGAGAAACCAGGCACUUGUAAGGAAUGUGGGAAAUUCUUUAGUUCUCCCCAAAGUUUUCUGGAACAUAAGAAGACUCACACUGAAGAGAAAACUUACAAAUAUAAGCAAACUGAAGACAGUUCUAGCAGACACAGUUUUGUUCAGGGGCAUGAAAGAAUGCAUGCUACAGAAAAGCCCCGUGUUUUAAAGCAGAGUGGGAAAGACUCUCUGACUCUUGCUGGUAUUCAACAGCACAUAAUAACACUUAGUGGAGAAGAGCCAUAUAUAUGCAAAGUAUGUGGUAAAGCCUUUUACUCUUCCAGUUCUUUCUUGACCCAUAAAAGGACUCACCCUGGAGAACAGCUUUAUAUAUGCAAGCAAUGCGGCAAAACCUUCACUUAUUCCAGCGGCCUUCGUCGCCACGAAAGGACCCAUAGUGGAGAGAAACCCUAUGAAUGCAAGCAAUUUCUGAAAGUCUUUCCUUCUUUGAGGAAGGUUGAAAGUCAUGAACAAACUCACAAUGGAAUAAAAUACAUAUGUAAUCAGUGUGGGAUAGCCUUCAGCGAUCACAGUUCCCUUCAGUGCCAUGAGAAGAUUCAUAGUUUAGAGAAACCCUAUGUAUACAAGCAAUGUGGGAAGACAUUCACUUGUUCUAGUGCCUUGCGAAGACAUGAACGAAUUCAUACUGGAGUGAAACCCUAUGAAUGCAAGGUAUGUGGGAAAGCCUUCAUUGACUGCAGUUCUCUUCAGUGUCAUGAAAGGAUUCAUAGUGGAGAGAAACCCUAUGUGUGUAAGCUGUGUGGGAAAGCAUUUAGUCGUCAGGGCUCUCUGAAAUGUCAUGAAAGAAUUCAUAGUGGAGAGAAGCCCUAUGCAUGUAAGCAGUGUGGGAAAGCCUUCAUGCAUCACAACGCUCUUCGAUACCAUGAACAGAUUCACAGGGGAGAGAAAGCCUAUGGCUGUAAGCAGUGUGGGAAAGCCUUUGUGUUGAGCAGUGCCCUGAAAAAACAUGAGCGAAUCCAUAGUGGAUUGAAACCUUGUCUAUGCAGGGUGUGUGGGAAAGCCUUCACGUUUCACAGCUCCCUCCAUUGCCAUGAAAGGACUCACACUGGAGAGAAACCCUAUGUAUGUAAACAGUGUGGGAAAGCCUUUAUGUAUCACAGUUCUCUCCGUUGCCAUGAAAAUAUUCACAGUGCAGAGAAACCCUAUGUGUGUAAGCUGUGUGGGACAGCCUUCACUUACCACAGUUCUCUUCAACGCCAUGAAAGAAUCCACAGGGGGGAGAAACCAUAUGUAUGUAAAUUCUGUUCAAAAGCCUUCACUGAUCACAGUUCGCUACGAUGCCAUGAAAGAAUUCACACUGGAGAGAAACCAUAUGUAUGUAAACAAUGUGGGAAAUCCUACAGUACUCACGGGUCCCUUAGAUACCAUGAAAAGGUGCACUGUGUGUAAGCUACGAUGUUGGAAGACCUUCACCUCUUUGAAUCAGUUUUAAUUUCAUUAAUUCAAAAAAAAAAAUAUGGAUGGAAGUUAUGUGAAUAAGCCUUAGCAUGUUCUGGUUCCCUUAAAAAACAACAUAAAUGGAGACACAGUGGAAAAUUAUCUCUAAGUAUAGACGAAAGGAAAGCUCCAGGUCUUUCCAGCAGACAUGAUGGCGUAGUGAAUUUAACUUGUAUCAAUGUAAAGCAUGUGGGAUUAUGUCUACUUACCUCAGUUCGGUUCUCAGAAUCUGCUGUGGGGAUGAAGAGAUGGCUCAGUUUGUCUAGUCCUUGCCAUAGAAGCAUGAGCUCCUGGGUUUCAAUCCUCAGCAUCCAUACAGAAGCCAGACAUCAUGGCCUAUGUCUGUAAUCCAAGUGCUAGGGAGGCAAGAGACAAAAGAGUCCCUGAGGCUUGCUGGUCAGCUAGUCUACUCAAGUCAGUUCGGGUCCAAUAAAAGAGUUCUCAAAAACUAAAGUGGAGAAUGAUAAAGGAAGACACCCAACACACAAAAGGCAAUAGUCUGGAUUUUCCUACUAGGGCUCUUGUCAUACAUCAACCUCUGACCUCUAUGUGCCAGUACAGUGUGUACCCACACGAAUGAACAUUCAUCCACAUGGUUAUGCACACCACACACAAAAGAGCACACCAUAUCAAGAACCUCAAUUAGAAGAAACUUGUUAAGUCUUUGGUUGGCAAGUCAAAACCUUAUAAAUGUAGGUAGAAUUGUCUUUUGUAGCAUAUAGUGUCAAAGUCUGAUGCAGUAGGAUUCUGUUAACACAGCUAAUGUGAAGAGCCUGGUAUAAAAUAACUUGUGUAGAAUGCUUUAGAAAUUGCACAGUUUAGAGGAGGGCUUGUCAGCGGCACAUUUGUCGGUCUGAAUAAUACAAUGUGCUCCUUAUUUUAUUCUUGAAAAUAAAUGUUUUAGUGAAAUUAUUUAAUACGGUUUACUUAAAUAAUUGCAUGUGCUUAAUCUGUAGUUUCACUUUUAGUAAAGUCAGUUAAUAACUUUUUGUGCUUUUAAUUUAAACAUUGAACUGAAAUGUCUUUCUAAUAUGUGAACAUCUUAAUUUUUAUGUAUUUUUAAAAUAGUUGUGUCUAAUGGACCUAUAAAAAUGUUUAAUUGGGCUGGGAAAGUGUCUCAGUGGGACAGCAUUAGGACUGAGGUCAUAUCCCCAGUUCCCAUGUCAAAAGCCACAUGUAGCCAAAACAUGCCUGCAGCAUCAUUGCUGGAAGUGGGGACAGUGUUAGGAGAUUGCUGGGACUGGGUGGCCCGUCGAUUUAGGUGAAAAACAAGUGCCAAAAUUAGUGCAAGACCAUGUCACAAGCAAAGACGCAGAGGCAGUAGAAGAGGGUGCCUGCUAUUGUCCUCGGCUUCCACGCACGCAAGCUAGGUGCUCACACAAAAGGCAAUUAACAGUCUGGAUUUCCUUACGAGGCUCUUGUCAUGGAUCAUAUGCAUAUAUAUACACACAUAUAUAUGUACAUAUAUUUUAUUUUUCAGAACAAAUGACUUUUAAAGUGGAUUUAAUUAUUUUUCACUUUUUUUACCUUAAGAAAAUCAAUAACAUAAAUACACAGAAAAUUAGUCUGAGAAGAGGUUUUGUGAUGUAAACUAGAUAAAGUAUGUACAAAAUCCCACUGCGUAGGGCCUGCUCAUCAGAGGGGAAGCCAGGUCUUUGAUGGUUUUGGGAGUUCAGGUGAGGGACCCCCGAUCUUCCGGAGUCUUCUGCUGGCAGACUUGACAGUAAUGAACUUAGUGAGGUUUCACUGACUUUACAACGUUCUUGGCCAAGUGCUUCACUCUCCUGUGGAAUACUGCUGCUUUAAAUUCCAUCUUCCUUGGCAGAGCACUGUCCGAGACAGGCAGGAAGCAGCAGCCGCAGCCUGAGAAAACUGAUGUCAUCGUUGAUGAGCGUCCGCUCCAUCAGAUACUUGGCUAAAGUGUGUUGUUCAGCAUCACCUUAAGAAGUAGAAUGGCAAAGGCCAGCUCAACUCCAAAUCAACUCUUUCAAAAUCAGAGUCUCCAUUUCUCAGAUUGGGGAACCAGAGUAAGCAUUGUCUGUGAUGUAAACAAAGUCUCCCAACCAGCUGCAGCUUCUUCCUGAAGACGUCCAUGAUGGCAAUGCACGUGUAUGGAGUUUCUUGUAGAAGCCUAAACUUGGAAUGAACUUAGACCAACUUUAUUUCCAGUUUCUUCUAAAAGCUGGCUCGUCACAUGGCUCUUAGCUUUAGGAUUAACUCCUGCAUCAAUAUUCUUCAAAUCACUGGACACCUUUGGGCAUCAGAGUAGCAACAUGAGGGGCCACCCUGGAAAGUGUAGAUGAAGCAUAGCCACCCUGGUCCACAGCACCACCACGAGUUCUAUUUUUGACUAUUAAUAUUUUCUCCAAAUAAGAAUUCUGUGCAUAUUUUAUAGUUUUAACUAUUUUCAACAGUAUAUAUAUAUGUGUGUGUGAUUUUUUUAUAUAUACAUUACCAUAUCUGCAAAAUAACCAUAAAGAGAUCAACUUCACAAUUUUUUCAAUUUUUCCUUUCAUCAGAGUCAUUAUUGCCAAAUGCUGGUGAAAAUUCCUUAUGUAGUGGGAUCCUACUAAUUAAUGCUCUAUUCCUAUGUAAAUUUUAUCAUAUUUAUGUUACAGCCUUUUAUCAUAAUUUUCCCUUCACUUCUCUUACCAAAAGAUACAUCCCACUGGUUUAAGUGUACUUUGGCCAGAGAUCACCAGUGCCAAGCCUUUUAUCACAUCAAAUGUAACAGAUUGCAGUAAUGAAUCUAUCUACAUAUCAUAUGUGAUUUGUUCAUCAGAAAUAUCAUUUUAUUUUAUUUAUUUUGUGUAUGUGUGGCAUGUGUAAGUACAGUGAGUAUACUACGGUACGUGCA